CUGAGAGGUGAAGAUAAUGCGGACAAACCUGAGCUGGACUGCCUCGCAUCACAAUCCGUGACUGGCUUUUGCUUGCGCAAUGCAUCCGUAAACAUAAGCUUCUAGAUCGAUGACUUCGUUAGCUACAGCGUUAACAGCAGCGGCGACGCUUUGUCGCUUUCCGGCUUCAAGCGUCGCCAUUGCAACUAGCUCCAUCGGCGCAGCGCUUGCUGGACCCCGUGUGAACCCAAGUUUAGCAGCCAGAUGUAUUCAUAAUACUGCCGUCUCGGCUUCUUCAGCCGGCCGCUGGGCGCAGGGGAGACCCUCCAGCCUACCGCCGGCGGGUUCCGGAGCGGCACCCAAGCUAGGCUUUGCUCCUGCCGCUCUAGGAGCCGGCGACCCAGGGCCAGGCCAGGCCUUCUUCCGCACCCGAUGGCCCUACCUGACAGCACUUGGCCUGGCUGCGUCAGGAGCGCUCGCCUACACCGUGUUUCGGGAACCCGUGGUCACGCAGCGUGUCUACCUGGACUUUGAGGUCGCCGGCCGACCCGCGGGUCGCGUGGUGGUGGGACUGUACGGCAAGGAGGCGCCGCAAACCUGCGACAACUUCGCGGCACUAACCAGCCAUGAGCGCGGAUUCGGUUACCGUGGGUGUGCCGUACAUCGGGUGAUGCACGGCUGGUCGGUUUGGUCGGGCGACGUGACGGCGGGGGACGGCACCGGCGGCGUGAGCGUGUUCGGACCCAGCAUCGGCGUGGAGACGAUGAGUGUACGGCACCGACGUGGCGCGGUGUCGAUGGUGCUGGAUGAGGAGGGGCGCAUCAGGAGCCAGUUCUUCUUCACCCUGGUCACUACACCAGCAUUGGACCGGAAAGCAGCCGCAUUCGGUCGGGUGCUGGAGGGCAUUGAGGUGCUCGACCGCCUGUCGCGGCUGCCCACCGCAGCCCCGGCCGGGCAGCAGCAGGGGGCGGGGCAGCUAGCGGCCGCACAGGGGCCGGGCAGCGAGGGGCGGCCGCUGGUGGAGGUGCGGGUCAGCGACUGCGGCCUGGUGCCGGAGGGAGAGCAGGGGCAGGGGCAGAGGGCUGCGUGAGGAGGAGUGGAAGGGGGGGUGUUAGGAGGGAAGGGAUGAAAGGCGUGUGCGCUGGGUAGGAGGCAUAGAAGCGUGAACGGAGGCGUGCGCCAGGUGUUUGUGGAAGGAGGUUUGAAGGGGAGCUUGUUUAGGACAACGAAAGGGCGUGGGGCGUGCUGUGCAUGCAACAUGUCGAUGUGCAUAGCAUGCACGAAUGUUCAUAUAUGGUUUAUUGCCGGCUGGAGGAAGGAGAAAAUGCAACAUCGGCGUUGCGUGGUGCGAUUGGGUGGAUGUGACAGUUACAGGCGCAACUUGGCAAUCGCUGCUUGGCGUCG